AAUUAAAUUUACUGAGAAAGGUGAAAUCAUACUGAAAAUUUCAAUUUUAUCGCAAAAAGCCAUUCACGAAACCAAAGGGAGUCCAUCUUAUGAUCAAAUGAAUACAAAAGAGGUUCUGUUAUUUGAGUUAUAUGAUACUGGCAUUGGCAUGAAUCCUGAAUAUGUACAACAUGCUUGGAAAAGCUUUUCACAAGGCGACAUGUCAAUAACCAAGAAACAAGAUGGUACAGGACUUGGUCUCUCAAUUUGUAAAAGUCUAGUAGAAAUGAAUGGAGGAGUAAUUAAAGUAGAAAGUCAGUUGGGAAAAGGAAGUAAAUUUUGGUUUACAUGGAAUGUUGAAUCAUUAACAGCAUCAAUGAUUUCAAAAUUUCCAACAUCCUCAUUAUUAAAGACACAAUUGCAACUAAGUUAUGUAUUACCCAACGUUAUAAGACAAAAACGGAUACUAAUAAUUCAUCAAAUCGAAAGUAUGAGAAAUGCAAUGCUUAAAUAUCUUAAAGGUGCUAAAAAGGUUGAUGCAUUCGAUCUUUUUGAUAAAGGUAUUAAAGCAGCACGAACAUGUAAAGAAUUGUAUAAUAGACCUGCUUAUGAUAUAGCGUUCAUCAAUCUUUAUGAAAAUAAUGAAGAAGAGGUCAUGAAAGUAGCAUUAGAAUUAAGAGGGUUAGAGAUGAAUAGUAACAAUUUAGUAAUAAUCUUUAUAGUAUUUCCGACUAAUGAAGGAAUUUUAUUAGCAAAAAGAUUAAUAAGUAAAGUUGGAGGAGCAACUUCAGUCAUUUAUACUCCAAUUACAUGGAAAAAAUUAAUUAAACAAUUUAUGGAUAUAGAAAAAAAUGAAGCUACUAACAAAAACAAUACGAAUUUGCACAGUCAUGAAAACGAAAGUGGAAGUAUUCUGAAGCGAAUAGCGGAUUAUGGAUUUUAUGAGGUGGGAAAUGCGAAUCAAGAAAUAUUUGAAGGAAUAACGAGAAAAGAUUCUAUAAGCAAAUGUAUUUUAUGCGUGGAUGAUAAUCCUAUUGGCCUAGAGAAAGUUUCAAAGCUCGGUUAUUUAACAAUCUCUGCAACAAAUGGCCAAGAAGCAGUCAAGUUGAUUGAUUCUGAAUUUAAUUCAGAUAUAGAACAAAUAAAAUCUCAUAGAAUCUCACUAAUUUUAACUGAAUGUAAUUUACCAAUAAUGUCAUGCUUUGAUAUUUCACGAGUAAUUAGAGCAAUGAGGCCACCAAUUUCAAACAUACCGAUUAUUGUCCUAACAUCAUUUGCAAUGGAAGAGAUACAAGGUAAAUGUAUAGAGUCAGGAAUAAAUGAUUAUCUCGCAAAGCCUCUGAAAAUUGAAGAACUUAAACAAGUUUUAAAUAAAUGGAUUGGUGAAAAUUAG